GUGAGACAGUCAACAACUAGAAAACUGAAUAUCGUAUAUGGGACUUGUUAGAUUUUUGGAGCGAACAGCGGUGUUGUUUAUUUUGCUCUAAUUUCACGCACUUUUUAAAUUUCGCCAAGGAAGAGUUUAAAUCACCGCGUUCCAGAUUAAGCUGCUGAAGUACAGGUGGAGAAGAGAAACUAUGGAUGUGGCGUAUCUGCUGUGUUUGGCGUUGACCGUGGGUGCGUGGCUUGCCUCCGCAGAGAGACACAGCGUGUAUUGGAACAGCUCGAACCCAAACUUCCUGUGGGAUGAUUAUACUGUGGAAGUGCACAUCAAUGACUAUCUGGACAUCAUCUGCCCCCACUACACCCACGAAGAAGUGUCACCGCAUGCAGCUGAACGUUAUGUGCUGUACAUGGUAGAGAAGGAGGACUAUGAGGUGUGUAAGCCUCACUCUUUCGAUCAGCUCCGCUGGGAGUGCUCGCGGCCCUUCGCUCCCCAUGCUCCAGAAAAAUUCUCUGAGAAGUUCCAGCGCUUUACACCCUUCACACUUGGCAAAGAGUUCAGGCAGGGGGAGAGCUAUUACUAUAUCUCCAAGCCAAUGCAUCAUCAUGGCAAAGAUUGUCUGAAACUGAGGGUGGAUGUAAUCGGGCAUAAAGACUCCAGAAAGAAUCACCUAGACAAAUCCAAGGCAGAGGAGACAGGAAAGGGUUUAGAUGGAGAGAAAAUGAAGUUCCUUGCUGCUGGAGGAGUUCACAACCCCUCAAACAGGCUUCCAGCAGAUGACCCUGAUGUGAUGCAGCCAAACGUCCAGAGAAGCAUAGGCAGCUCUGCAGCACAGCUGGUGUCUCUGUCGCUCUCCUUUACCAUGAUUCCAGUCUUAUUCACCCUGAUGCUACACUGAGGCCCAUCAUGACACCAAGAAACAGAGACAGUUUUUACCUGAUGCUGGUCAUUAGGACAUGAUCACUCAAGAUUCUUUUUUUUUUUUUCUAACAAGAACUUGUUUUAUACGAACAUGGAUGUGUGUGUGUGUUGGUCAGUGUGUUUUUUUGAUGUGUUUGUGUGAAUGUGGAGCGUGGAUCACUCCAAAGAAGAGGACCUCAAAGACUGUUUUUUCUUACUUUAUGAAUGAGGAUGGAAAUUCUCAGUUUUGACCAUUUACGAUGCACUCUUCUUUUCAGACGUAACGAACAAGAAAUUUAAGCAAAAUGAUCAAAAUAUAAGUUAAAAAUUAUGGUAACAUUACAUUACCGUCACCAUCGUGUUUCAGGGGUUCAUAUCAUUGGUACAGCUGUUUGUUAUUUUACCGAAGGUUCACUUGUUUUUCUUCCUCUACAUGUAGAGAAAUAAUUGCUUUUGUGUAUUGUUAUUGGCUACUGCCAAAGUGGUAUAUAUAAUGUAGGAUAUUUGUCAUGUUGUGUAGCACUCAGCUCCUGGUUAUAAUUCUUAAUGAGAAACAGUAGUCAAAAUUCAAGCCAGAAGUCUUUAUUCAUUUAUUUUUGGCAAUUAAAUCCUGUUUUUUUUUUCUUACUGUGUUUAAGAAGGAAAAUGAUCAUUUAAACCUAUCAGAAGUAUUAGGAUUCUUUAAAAGGUCUUAUUUCAUGUCAGCCAAUUAGAUGCGCUUACAAGAUUUAGAGUCAAAUAUCCAAAACGUACAGGAGUUUUAAGAGCUGAGCUUCAUCAGUGCUGCAUCUUGUUCACUCAUUUCUACUGUGUUGAUGGUAUCAUGGUACACUGGUUGAUGUUAGCAGAUGUCAUCCCUCUUACAUGUCAUCAAACCUCAAACUGAAGGGGCUUCCCCAGAAUAAUUUGUUUUGUUUUUUUUUGUUAAAUGUAUUUGCAUCCAUUUUUUUGUGUUUAUAUGUAAAUUUGUACAGAAAAAAAAUAGCGAAAACUAUAAAAAAGUGUUUUAAGAUGUGAAAAAUCUUU